AUGACUGCCAUCAAAGACAUUGUCGGAAUAUUUGUCCCUGAGUGGCGCAUUAUGGAUCCAGGCACACUCGUUGUGAAAAAGAAUGCUGGAGUAAAUCAAAACUAUACGAUAGAACGACCAAAGACUGAGGGUGACGCAGAUCCAGGACAUGGCAAGGUUUUCCUCAAGUUCCACGGCGAAGUCGACAGAAUAAUCGAAGUGUUCAAGCACUUAGUCCCCAACAAGCACGAGGAGGCGAAGCUAUGUCACGAUUACGGUCAGUCAGGUCUUGGUGCCAAGGUUUACGGCUUUUUUCAGACAAAGGACGGCACGUUGGGAAGGGUCGACGAGUUUCUGGAUGCACGCAAUUUGGAGCCAGAAGAUGUGGAAGACGCAGCUGUCACCUGGGACAUCCACAACAUGCUCUGCUACGUGGAGCAGGAGGAUAACAAGGACCUCUUGAACAGCUUGGAUCUCUUGGCGUUUAACAAGCUGUUUGAAGACUUUGUCAACCAGUAUAACAGGCUCGGACUGGACAUUGACGAGUAA